CCUUGCAGGGUCCGGAGUGGCUGUGGCAGGAAGCGAGGUGUGCGCAUGGGCACAGCCGAUGAAGGGCGAGAUCUUCCGUGACCCAUCCAACUCCAGGUGUGAAAACAACAUGAGGAAAAGGUAACAAGGAGAGAAAUCCAUGAGGAGUGGGAAAGUUCUGCUUCGGCAUGCCAGGCUGGAGAGCUGGAGUCCUGAUGGCACUGUGCUUCCUGCAGCAAACCAGAGGGAAUGUUCUACUUCCCCCUCCACAAAAUGUUACACUGCUGUCAAAGGAUUUUGAGAUGCUUUUGACAUGGACUCCAGGAGGAGGUUCUCCCCCAGAUGUGACAUACACUGUGAGGUAUGAAAGCUGGGAACGCAGGGGCAAAUGGAUAAAGGUUCCUCACUGCAAAAAUAUUCACAGAACCUCCUGCAAUCUCACCUGUGUGAUUUCAAAUUAUGUUAAAGUUCGGGCUCGAGUAAAAGCUGCUUCUGGCAGAUUCUCAUCACCAUGGGUAGAAUCACAAUUCAAGGAAUACCUUUUGGAUGUGGAAUUGGCUCCCCCAGUGCUACAUGUCAACGUGAGAGAGAACUCAAUCCAUGUGAAUGCCUCCUUCCCUUUGCCCCCCUGCGUGGAGAGUUUCCACUGGACCUAUGACUUGAACUUUUGGGAAGCUGGAUCUGAAGACAAGAAGCAAUAUGAAAAUAACUUUAGAAAGGAAUCAGUGACUAUCAACACCACUGCACUUAGAGGCAACUACUGUUUAAGUGCCAGAUCUUCCCUCCAAAGUCCUGACUUUAAGUACAGCAAUUUCUCUCAACCAGUGUGUGUGCUAUUAAAUCAUGAAGUGGAAUGGAAGUUCUCAUUUUCUGCCACCACUGCUGUGUUUGUCUUCCUCACCCUGCUGACAAGUGCCUUUGCCACCUGCUUGCUGAAACAAGAUGCAAAGAGAAAGAAGGUGCCUCGUGCUUUGGAUUUAUCACAUUUAAAAGCUGCUGAAGGAGCCUUUCACUAUGAGCCCAGUGAAAAGGAAUUCUUCAGGGACUAUCUUAUCUGCACACAGAAGCCAGUGUCACAAAGGAAGACAAACAGAACUUCAGCAAGAAACAACCUACCACUGAUGGCUUCUUUUCUAUCCUCCUCCUCAUCAUCAUCAGAGGAUGAAGAAGACAGCAGGACUUUCAUCCCAUACACUGAAAUGAAGUUUCCAAAGAGACAUCCCAACUCUCAACCAGCCAGAACAGCUCAGGAGGAAACUUGCUUGGGCUCUGGAUCUGGAGGUCUCUCUCUGGAGAGUGAAUCUGUGCUUGACCUGAGUACCUCGGGUUUCUUGUUCCUUCCGAUGAGAAAGGAUGAGAUGGACACCUCAGGAUUCCAAGGAGAUGAGGAGGCAUCCCUUUCCCACAGUUCCUCUUUGGGGAGAAUCUCUCUGACUGAUGUGAGAUUCCCAAGUUCCAUGGAACAUGGUCAGCAUGAGGCAGACAUGGACGAAUGCCUGGAAGUGACCUCUCUGAUGGAGGGGAUCUGUGACAAGUUUCCAGCUGAUGGGCACUACCUGCAUAGGAAGGCACAGCCCUUCUCCAAGGAUUACCAGAAAGCAAUAAUUGAUCUGCACAGCCAGGUGGGUGAGGUGCUACAGCUCAGGAGGGAUCCCAGCACGGAACUGCUCAUUUCCUUUCAGACAGUCCAGGUGGCAGAAGAUGAAGGUAUUGCAAGUGACUGUGACAGUGGUCAUUUUACUGAAGGGACACUUCCUGCAUCCAUGGUGCUAAAGGAUGCAUUUGAAGUUUCAAAUGUAGAGGGAAAAUAUGAUCACAAGUUUAAAUUCAAAGGCUACGAGAAGACAUAAUACAUGGGAUUAAUAAUAAUAAUACAUAGCCCCAUAAUACAUGGGGCUAGAGUUCCCCAGCAGUUCUGUGCCAUGCCUGGAACGUGCUAGACAGCUCCAGGUAUCCAGGCAGGGAUACUUAAACAAGAGUAAUGACAAAUAACUGAGACUGGUGCCUAUUUUAUUUAUUCAUGUUGGCUGAGUUUUUGUAACUGCACCCCUGCUUGACUGGAAGUACCUCAGAGACACUUAAUAACCUUUGCUUUUUGGAGGAUGAAAAGAUCUCAGCCUGCAGAGGUCAACUUCUGUGUUUCAUCAGAGUGAACUGUGUAGUUUUCUUGCUUAUUUAUUUAUCUUUUGUUUUAUACAAAUGUUCCUAUUGAUGUUGAAAUUCCCCCUGCUGUGAAGAGUGUCUGAGAGCUUUAUGCAGAGGCAAUAUAUUUUUAUAUAUAA